AUGCUUGACGACCUCCUGCCGCUCGUGGUUGAGGGCCUCCUUGCCUUGAUUUCCUUGGGGUGCCUGGGCCUGCUUGCCAUUCAGCCGUUCAAGAAUCCUCCGCCCAUCUCCCUUCGUUAUGUGGCUCUCGUGGGUCUGUUGCCGGUGGCGGUGACGGCCGGCCUGAUGGCCGCCUCGCGGUACGACAUGCGCUACGCCGCGGCGAGCCUCCUCACCUUCUACACCUCUGCCGUCGCCGAGACCACCGGCGCGCUGGCCCUUGCCGUCGCCCUCUACUCUGAAGUCCACCGCAACUCCAACAUAUCUCCCCAAUGGUAUGCGCUGCCCACGGGCUCGUCGCCUCUGGCGCUGAUCUCCAACUACGUGCCGUCGUCCUACAUUCAGCUCGCGAUCUUCACGGUGCUGGGCGCCUACCUCCUCUCCGCCGCGCGGGAGCUGCCCGACAAGGCCGACAGCCUGCGCCUGUCGGCCUUCGCCUUCCUGGGUGCGGCGGCCUCGCGGGUGGUGCUGGACCGCUUCGACUUUCUGCUCGAUGCGGUCAACUCGAAUCUGCUGGGCGUCGUGGGCGUGCAGCUUUCGUCCUACCUGGUCUACGAGUUCAUGAUGGUCGUCGCCGUGUUCUUCCUCUUCCUGCACCUCCUCAAGACCUAUCAGGGCACCAGCAUCAAGCUCAAGGGCAAGUAA